UCUCAUUAUGUUGUUUGGUUCGGUUGUAUCAUUUUCCAUUUUGAAAUCACCGUCCAAUGUUUUGGUCCACUCGAACUGAUAAGUGAUAAUGGAUCUCUUCUCAGUCUACUCCACUCAUCACUCUCACUCCUCACCACCCUUCGUACUCGCCGGGAAACACCACCCCACCACCACCUCCGCCGCCACUCCCCCUUUCUCUGUUUCCUUAAAAUCCUCCUCGCAGGAGUCUGACAAACCCACUACCUCUUCUCCGUUCUCCGGCCAUUUCCGCCGCCCCAACAGCCACAAGCCCCUAAAAACCUCCUCCUCCAAUCCCACUCCUCCAAACCCUAAAAUCCCCUCCAAUCCCCUCAAAAACCUCGUUAAUCCCACUAACACUACACAAAGUCUCACCAAUAAGCUCUGGUUAACCAGUAAACUCUCUCCCCCUCCUCCUCCUCCACCGCCUCCGCCACCUGCCCCGCCGGAAAAAACCCAUAGAGAAGAAAAUGAAAUUAGGGUUUCAGAUGAUUCGGGUUCCGACCAAUUGCCGAGAGUUGAAUUCAGGCAGGAAGGGAAAAUCUUUGUGGGGAAUCUACCACUUUGGAUUAAAAAGAACGAAGUUGCUGAGUUUUUCCGGCAAUUCGGGCCGAUUAAGAAUGUGAUUUUGAUAAAGGGUCACGAGGAUACUGAUAGGAAUGUGGGGUUUGGGUUUGUUAUAUAUGGUGGUCCGAUUGCGGCAAAGUCCGCCAUGAAGGCUGUGGAGUUUGACGGAGUGGAGUUCCAUGGGAGGGUGCUGACUGUGAAGUUGGACGAUGGGAGGAGACUGAAGGUGAGGUCGGAGGAGAGGACGAGGUGGGUGGAGGGAGAGGAUAGAGUGGAGUAUAGGUCAAAGUGGCACGAAGAUAGGGAGGGUUCGAGAAGGGAAUUUAGGAGGGUUUUGGAGACUCAACCGGAGAAUUGGCAGGCUGUUGUUCGAGCUUUCGAGAAGAUUAAGAAGCCUUCUAGAAAAGAGUUUGGGUUGAUUGUGAACUAUUAUGCAAGGCGGGGAGAUAUGCAUCGUGCACGUGAAGCUUUUGAGAGCAUGCAGGCCAGGGGAAUAGAGCCAACCUCACAUGUUUAUACAAACCUAAUUCACGCUUAUGCAGUAGGUAGAGACAUGGAGGAAGCUCUAUCUUGUGUGAGGAAAAUGAAAGAUGAGGACAUCAAUAUGAGUUUGGUGACUUACAGUGUUCUUGUUGGGGGAUUUGCUAAAGUCCGCAACAUUGAGGCUGCAGAUCAAUGGUUUAAGGAGGCCAAAGAGAGACAUACAAACUUAAACGCAAUCAUAUAUGGGAGCAUAAUUUAUGCUCAUUGCCAAAUCUGUAAUAUGGAUCGAGCUGAAGCCUUGGUGAGAGAGAUGGAAGAGGAAGGUAUUGAUGCUUCAAUUGACAUAUAUCACACCAUGAUGGAUGGUUACACAAUGAUCCGAAAUGAAGAUAAAUGUCUGGUUGUGUUUGACAGACUUAAGGAAUGUGGCUUUAUGCCUUCAGUGAUCAGUUAUGGAUGUCUUAUUAAUCUUUACACUAAGAUGGGAAAAGUUUCAAAAGCUUUGGAGGUCAGCAAAUUGAUGAAAUUGGAUGGCAUAAAGCAUAACAUGAAGACUUAUUCCAUGUUGAUUAAUGGGUUCAUAAAACUAAAAGAUUGGGCAAAUGCGUUUGCUAUUUUUGAAGAUGUGGUGAGGGAUGGUUUAAAGCCUGAUGUUGUGCUCUACAAUAACAUCAUCAGCGCAUUCUGUGGCAUGGGUAACAUGGACCGUGCAAUUCGUACUGUUGAGGAAAUGCAAAGAGAGAGACAUAGGCCUACCACACGGUCAUUUAUGCCCAUAAUACAUGGUUUUGCGAGAGCCGGAGAAAUGAGAAGAGCCCUAGAAGUUUUUGAUAUGAUGAGGAGAAGUGGAUGCAUUCCAAAUGUGCACACUUUCAAUUCUCUGAUUCUCGGCCUCACGGAAAAACGCCAGAUGGGAAAGGCUGUUGAAAUAUUAGAUGAGAUGCUGCUGGCAGGCAUUAGUCCAAAUGAGCAUACUUACACGACCAUCAUGCAUGGUUAUGCAUCAUUGGGUGAUACUGGAAAAGCUUUUGAGUAUUUUACAAAAUUGAAAACUGAGGGACUGGAGCUUGACGUGUAUACAUAUGAGGCAUUGCUUAAGGCAUGUUGCAAGUCAGGCAGGAUGCAAAGUGCUUUAGCAGUGACAAAAGAAAUGAGUGCUCAAAAAAUUCCAAGAAACACCUUUGUCUACAACAUUUUAAUAGAUGGAUGGGCUCGAAGAGGUGAUGUUUGGGAGGCUUCUGACCUCAUGCAGCAAAUGAAACAAGAAGGGGUUCAACCAGACAUCCACACAUAUACUUCUUUCAUAAAUGCUUGCUGCAAAGCUGGAGAUAUGCUGAGAGCAACAAAAACAAUUGAAGAAAUGGAAGCUGUUGGAGUAAAGCCGAAUGUCAAAACCUAUACCACAUUAAUACAUGGAUGGGCGCGUGCUUCUCACCCGGAGAAGGCUUUAAGAUGCUUUGAAAAUAUGAAAUUGGCUGGGUUGAAGCCAGACAAAGCCGUGUAUCAUUGUUUGAUGACAUCAUUGUUGUCAAGGGCUACUGUUGCCGAAGAGUACAUAUAUUCACAAAUCCUCUGCAUCUGUGGAGAGAUGGUGCAAUUUGGGUUGACUGUUGAUAUGGGGACUGCAGUUCACUGGUCAAAGUGUUUACGGAAGAUUGAGAGGACAGGCGGGGAGAUCACAGAAGCUUUGCAGAAAACUUUCCCUCCUGAUUGGAAUUCGUAUGACACUCUUAGUGUGAUUUCUGAUAUAAAGGACAAUGAUGAUGGAUCCGAUAUUGAUUCCGAAGGUGAUGAUGAUGUAUAUCAAGAUACUGACCUUGACACUGACGAUGAAGACAGCGACAAUGAUGAUGACAAUAACACAAGUUUUGACCAUGGAUUACAAUCUUAGAUCAUUACAUGUUAGUUUGAGAUUUGAGUAUGUCUCGGGUAGUUUUCCACCUAGUGUCAAAUUAAUAGUAGUUGCUUCUGCAACCUCCUGCAUUGUAUAGGUUGGCUGAGCUUUGAAUCUCUCUAACCCAACAUAAUUUUCUUUUCCUUCUCUUCUAUUUUAUUAUUAUUAUUUUUUUUUGUGAAAUCUUUAUUGUGAUUUUCGUUUGUAAGUUAUGCAAUGCAACUCUUAUGUAGUUUUUGUGUUCAUAUUUGAACUAGGAUGUAAAUUUGACAUGUAUCUAGAAGUUAAUAAAAAGUUCUGCCGUGUUCAGUUUUGUUGCUC